AAUACAAUUUAAAUCAAACAUCCAGUUUUAACAUUAGAGAGUGAAUCCGCCGGUACUCUGUCCUCGUCUCUCCUCUCCCCACCGGCCAUCCUCUUCCACCAGCCCCGCCGCCGCCGCCGACAGGUGUGUGCUGUAUUGAGCUUCAGCUCUUCCUCGUGUCGCACUGUAUUCGAUCUGGAGUUAGUCCGAUGAGAUUGGGAGGGAUCUGAUUAAAGGCACUCGAUGAUUUAAUCGAGAAUUUGAAUCUUCCUCCUGAGCAGAUGAUCGGAUUAUUAUUUCAAUACAUUUGCAUAAGUCACCGCAGCGUAGGGUUUAUAGCUGGUGAAAACCUCUCUACAUUUUCACAGAAAAUCUUUAGGACCCUGUUGAUCCACCUCUACUUUGAUGUCCAUGCUCUGCUUACUUAAUAAUGGCAAACUCAUUUAAAUUAUACUUAACCUGCAUUCGGAACACUUUGGAGGCUGCCAUGUGUUUGCAGAAUUUCCCUUGUCAGGAAGUUGAAAGGCACAAUAAACCAGAAGUUGAACUCAAGACCAGUCCAGAGUUGCUUCUGAAUCCUGUUACGAUCUGUAGGAAUGAGGCUGAGAAGUGUCUGAUAGAAACAUCUAUAAAUUCAUUGCGUAUAAGCCUUAAGGUUAAACAGGCAGAUGAACUCGAGAACAUUCUGACAAAGAAGUUUCUAAGGUUUUUGUCCAUGAGAGCAGAAGCUUUUCAAGUUUUGAGGAGAAAACCUGUGCAGGGGUAUGACAUCAGUUUCCUCAUUACCAACUAUCACUGUGAAGAGAUGCAGAAGCACAAGCUGAUAGAUUUUAUUGUUCAGUUCAUGGAGGACAUUGAUAAGGAGAUAAGUGAGUUGAAGUUGUCAGUGAAUACACGAGGGAGGAUUGUUGCUACAGAGUUCCUGAAGCAAUUUAUCUGAUAGCGCGAUUUGCUUAGUCAAAACUUGGUCGUUCAUCUUGCGCGCACCGGGCAGAUACUAUAGCAGAAUCUGGUAAAUUUUAGGUACAUCGCUGAGCUUAUAUAUAAAUUGAAUUUCGUUGGAAAAGUUAAGAUUCUUUAUUUCUUUUCAUGUUUGGUGUUAUAACAUUUUUAUGUCUAUUAUUAUUUUUUAUUUUUAAGAAACGAGGGUCAUGUGGAUUCGGAUAUUGUAGUUACUUAGAAGACAAAUGAUGAGCUUUUCUUGCAAUUAAUUACAUGUAUGUUACGUGGUUUGCUGGGUGGAUUUUGGGUUGUGAAACAUUGGUUGCAAUGCUACAUAGAGAGAGAGAGAGAGAGAGAGAGAGAGAGAGGAUUGUUGAUAAUAAUAUUAGUAUGUUGUUUUUUUAUAAUAUGUUGUGUUAUUAGCUGCUUC